AUGGCCGACGAGCAGGCUCCUCAGUGCGGCUGCUAUGUCACCACCAGCGACAACAUCGCCUUCAUCCCUCUAACCAAAGUCGAAGCUCACACCAUCAUCCAGGUCACCGCCUCCCAGACCCGUCUCAGCCAGUAUUUUAUCAAUCCGGACCCUGGCAAGCCUCUGGAUGAGCUCAACUACGUUUUCCCGCUCUAUGACGGUGUCUCUGUCGUAUCCUUUACUUGCACCAUCGGUGACCGUGUAAUUCAUGGCGUCGUUAAGGAGCGACACGAGGCACAGGCUACGUACAACAAGGCUGUCGAGUCUGGCAAGCUCGCAGGCUUACUACAGAAGUCCUCGGCAGCUUCCGAUGUAUUUUCCACAACCGUUGGAAAUGUUCCCGCGGGCGCAGAGGUCAAGGUCGAGAUCACGUACCUCGCCGAGCUGAAGCAUGAUGCUGAAGUUGAUGGCAUCCGGUUCAUUCUUCCAACGCAUAUUGCGCCUCGAUAUGGUCCAGGAUUUUCCCUCAAGGAAUCGAACGUCGCGACACAGGGAUCCAUCUCCAUCACCGUGGACGCGGACAUGCCAGAUGGAUGCUCAAUCACUUCCAUCCAGUCGCCCUCUCACCCCAUCUCCAUCCAGAUUGGUCGCUGCUCAACCUCAGUCGAGACAGCUGAGCCAUCUCUUCAGAGGGCUUCGGCCUCGCUCGCCCUCGGAUUCGCCUCGCUCGAGAAGGAUUUCAUCCUCCACAUUGUGGCCCCGAAGAUCAAGGAGCCAUCCGCCGUCCUCGAGACGCAUCCGACCCUGCCCAACCAGCAAGCCAUCAUGGCAACCCUCGUCCCUCAGUUCAGCAUUCACCCCGAGACGCCCGAAAUGGUCUUCCUUUGCGACCGAAGCGGCAGCAUGUACUAUGGCCAGGACCAGAAGAUCCCCAAUCUCCAAAACGCCCUCAAUAUCUUCCUUCGCUCCCUGCCCGUCGGCGUCAAGUUCAACAUUUGCUGCUUCGGUACUCGGUACGACUUCUUGUGGCCCGAGUCUCGUGCCUACGAAGAGGCGAGCUUGGAAGCAGCGUUCAGACAUGUAAGCACAUUCGGUGAGACCAACUACGGCGGAACCGAGAUGUGUGAGCCUUUGAAAGAGGUGUUCCGGAGACGACAGAAAGACAUGAACCUGGAGGUGUUUCUUCUGACCGAUGGUGACAUUUCAAAUCAGGGUUCGCUCUUUAAGCUCAUCAACGAAAGCAUGGCGGAGGCGAAGGGAUCGAUCCGCCUGUUCACUCUUGGCAUCGGCGACGACGCCAGCCACGCUCUGAUAGAGGGAGCCGCGCGUGCAGGUAACGGAUUCGCGCAGACGGUCGGGUCGGAGGAGAAGAUGAACCGCAAGGUGAUCCGCAUGCUCAAGGGCGCGUUGACUCCGCACAUCUACGACUACUCCCUAGAGGUCAAGUACGAGCGCACCGCAUCAGAUGUCGACGACGAUGAUUUCGUGGUGGUUGAGAAGACGUUGGAUUCUCUCGCUAUUGAAACUACCGUGAUCGAGCUUAAAGAUGAAUCGGAGCUGGUGCAAAAGACAAUUCCGAUUUACGACGACGACAUGGGAUUCGGUGACCAGCCGAAGGAGGAGCAACAGGAUCCAAUCCUGGAACUUUCUAUGCCCAAGUAUCUACAGACGCCGUGUCCCGUGCCGGCUCUGUUCCCAUUCACUCGCACAACCGUGUAUGUCUUGAUCUCUGACCAACCUGCGUCUCUCGUCGCCAAGUCGGUGAUUCUAAGAGGCACCGCGUCAGUAAAUUCAAACGGCACUGCCGAGCGCGUCUCUCUGGAACAGGAGAUCCCCAUCACAGCGCUGCCAGGAAAAGGCACCACGAUCCACCAGCUCGCGGCCCAGAAGGAGAUCACAGAGCUGGAGGAAGGAAGGGGAUGGCUCUCGCUGGCCAAGGAUACCGAGACGGGUAGACUGAUCAAAGAAAAGUUUCCUGCCGCCCAAAUCCAAGACAUGAGGAAGAGAGAGGCCGUCCGAUUGUGCUUGAGAUACCAAGUUGCUGGCAUUUAUUGCUCCAUGGUGGCCGUUGAUGAGAGCCACGAGGCCGAGGAUAAUACGCAGCAUGCCAUGAUACACGGCGGGUGGGAAAUGGACGAUGACGACGAGUCCGACGAGGACAUGGGAUUUGGCUUGUUUGAUGGCUACUCUCCCCCGCCACCACUACCACGGGCAGAUAUGCAUGCCGAAUUCUUUGCAGAUGAGACGGAUGAGGAAGAAGACGAAGAAGGGUCAACGGGGCACGGCGGCGUGUCGAAAGCUUCGGGGAUUAGAGACGCGCUGCAAACCAUUGCCUCCCUACAGAAGUUCACUGGCAGUUGGGAGUGGGACAAGGCAGCCUUGCUCGAGAGACUGCUCGGAGUCACGAAGGACGACAUAUUGAUGAAAGCACAAGGAGCUGGCCUAGACAAAGAAAAGGACAUGGUGCUCGCUACCUUGUGCGCGCUUGUGUUCUUGGAGACCAACCUGGCAAAUGAGAAGGAUGCGUGGGAGUUGAUGGCGGAGAAGGCGGCCGGCUGGGUCACGGAGCAGGUUGGUGGGACAGACGAAUACGAGAGGUGGGAGAGAGUGGUACGGGCGCUACUAUGA